CUCCGGGAAGCGCGGGGAAAAGCGCGCUCCGUUCCGCGCCAUUUCCGCCGCGUUUUCCCGCGGUUUGCGCCCAUUUUGGCGCGCCCGCGCUUAUUGGCGCCAUUUUAACCGCGUUUUCGCGCGUUUUGGGCCCGUUUUGGCGCGCCCCGGAGGGGUGGGGGGGCGGGGCCAUGACGGAGGCCACGCCCCCCCGCGGCAAGAAGCGGCUCCGUGAUUGGCUCCUGGCGCAGCUGCGCAGUGGACGCUACGCGGGGCUGGUCUGGGACGACCCCGAGCGGACGGCGCUGCGCAUCCCCUGGCAGCGGGGGGGGAAGGGAGGGGCCGGAAGUGCGCUCUGCAAGGCCUGGGCCGAGUUCAAAGGUCGCCUGCCCCCCGGCGCCCCCCCGGACCCUGCAGCAUGGAAGUCCAGGCUCCGCUGUGCCCUCCAUAAGAGCCCCGAGUUCCAGGAGCUGCCCCAUAGAUCCCAGCCCCAUGGACACAGCCCCUAUAGGGUCUAUAGGCUCCUGCCCCCCCGCCCGGAGCCGCAGAGCACAGGCGCGAGGCGGCCCCGCCCCCCCGCACCCGAUCCGCCGCCUCUGAUUGGCCCAUCCGGAAGCCCCGCCCAGGAGGAGGAAGAGGAGGGGGCGGGGCCAGAGGACAGGGGCGUGGCCUCAGUGGGCGGAGCCUCCCCUUGCCCCGCCCCCUCCGAGGCUCCGCCCCCUCCCUACACCCUGACCCUGAGCAGCCCCCACCCCCUGCCCCCUGCCGAGGGUCCCUGUUGUCUCCUCAUCUCCCUCCUGGUCUCAGGCUCCAUUUGCUCCUCCCUCCUCCUGCCCCCUGCCCUAUAG